CGACUUUUCUCACCGCCUCCCAGAAUUUUGCCAUCUGCAAAUCAGGUCUCUACUCCGCCCGCUGAUCAUCUACGAUCACCAUGGUUCUCCAAGCCAUUCGAUACCAAAGGGGUAGCCUCCAAAUCCUCGACCAGCUGAAGCUUCCUUACUCGGAGAUCUAUGACCCUAUUGAGUCCUCCCAAGAUGCAUGGCACGCCAUCAAGGAAAUGCGGGUGCGGGGUGCCCCUGCAAUUGCCAUUGUCGCGGCACUUGCACUCGCAGUUGAGCUGGAAAUCAUUGUGAGCCAUGGAAAGCUUUCUACGGUACCUGAGGAGGUCAAGGUAUUUGUUGAUGAGAAGUUGGACUAUCUCGUCACGAGUCGACCCACGGCUGUCAACCUUGCAGAUGCCGCAGGAAAGUUGAAAAAGGUCGUGGAGGCCGCGGCAAAACAAAGCAACGCUACCGGCAAGGAUGUUGAGCAAGCUUUGGUCGAAGCUGCUGAGAAGAUGCUCGUAGAUGAUGUGAGCGACAACGAGAAUAUUGGCAAGCACGGAGCCGCAUGGAUCUUGCGCAAUACAGAUGCGGGCAACGCUACUGGUAAAGUUAGCAUCUUGACCCAUUGCAAUACCGGGUCUCUUGCCACUGCUGGCUACGGAACCGCUUUGGGAGUUGUCCGAUCGUUGCACGGGCAAUCUGCUCUUCAACAUGCGUUUUGUACCGAAACCCGUCCGUACAACCAAGGCUCUCGCCUGACCGCAUAUGAGCUUGUUCACGACAACAUUCCAGCGACAUUGAUAACUGACUCAAUGGCCGCUGCUCUUUUGCGUCUCAGAGGCCCUACGGAAAAUAUCGCCGCGAUUGUGGUUGGAGCAGACCGGGUUGCUGCGAACGGAGAUACGGCUAAUAAGAUUGGCACUUACGCCUUGGCCAUUCUGGCUAAAUAUCACGGCGUGAAAUUCUUGGUGGCUGCGCCGCGCACGACGAUUGAUCGCAGCACAAGGAGCGGAGCGGAUAUCGUAAUUGAGCAAAGGCCUGGAAGAGAGGUCACUAGCUUCAGAGGACCCCAGACGGUUGGUGACACUGUAGAUCUCGAUCGUAUUGAGACUGUGAGCAUUGCGGCCAAGGGAAUCAACGUCUGGAAUCCCGCGUUUGAUGUCACACCGGCCGAACUUAUUUCUGGUGUGGUCACCGAGGUGGGUGUCGUGGAGAAGGGCAGCGACGGCCAGUUCAACUUUGACAGCAUUUUUUAAAGAGCGAUAGACAUAGAGAGUUGUAUGAUUCUUUUGUACAAAGUAAUACCAUGCGCACUGUUUAUAAAAGCACAGCCCUUUCAAUGUUAUGAAAUUUUGACAGAGU